ACCUCCUAGCGGAGAAGCUUUUCUAGUACCUGUUAGUGACGCGUGUGUGGAUUGACACCUAUGUAAACCAUUCAGAAUGUCGAAUAGAUAGGAAGACAUUUAGGGGCGUGAACAUAUUUCCUGUACCUGAUAUUUUGUUGUUGAGAAACUUCAGCGCGUUCAGGAGUCGGCUACAUUGUCAAGGAGCGCGGACACCUGUAAAGUCACUGAAAUAGAGAUGCAGAGGUAUCUGGUGCUCUGUAUGGCCCUGCUGGCCCAGGUCUCUGCUGAUGACUGCCCAGGCGGAGAGGUGUGUGAGGAGGGCAACACCUGCUGCAAGGGCCCCUCCGAUGGCUAUGAAUGUUGCCCAAUGUAUCAGGCUGAGUGCUGUGAGGAUCAUAUCCACUGCUGCCCUGAGGGAACACUCUGCGUUGUGAAUGAGUCCAUGUGUGUGAAUGGAACUGUCUCCCUACCAUGGGUGGAGAGAGUCUCUGCUAAACAGUCCAUAUACGCUAAAUCUUUCAGAAUGAUCAGUGCAUAUGCCGGGGAUGAGGAUGAUAACAUCUGCCCUGACAAGUCCCACUGCCCCGAAGAGUUCUCCUGUCUGAAGGCCACUACAGGCUAUGGUUGCUGUCCUGUUGCUCAUGCUGUGCCUUGCUCUGAUGGGAAACAUUGCUGUCCUGAAGGCCACCAGUGCAGCACAGACUGCAGCUCCUGCAUCAAACAGACAGAGCCUGUUGUUGCAGUGAUGUGCAGUGACAGAGAGUCUGAGUGCCCAGAGGGAACCACAUGCUGUGAGACUCCAGAUGGGAGUUGGGGGUGCUGCCCCAUGCCCAAGGCUGUCUGCUGUGAGGAUAAGAUUCACUGUUGUCCUGAGGGCAGCACCUGCGACAUCAAGCAAUCCAAGUGUAUAUCCACUACCAACAAGGAAAUGCCCAUGUGGGCUAAGUUCCCUGCCCGCAAGAGGGCAGGGUGGGAAAACCAGAAUGAAGUUGCCCAGGUGACAACACCUAUUCCAGACACUACCACCUCAGCCAAUAGGAGUCCUGCUUCUCUUUGGGAGGGUACUUCUCCACCCUUCAUUAGGACAGGAGACGUUCCCUGUGAUGAGUCAACGGCCUGUUUGGAUGGAACCACAUGUUGUAAAACACAGGAAGGAGGAUGGGCAUGCUGUCCUCUGCCACAGGCAGUUUGCUGCAGUGACUUCAUCCACUGCUGCCCACAUGGUAAGAAGUGCAACCUGGCUGCCCAGACGUGUGACGACCCCUCAGGCUCCCCCUCUGAGCCCUGGCUGAAGAAGGUUCCUGCCGUGCCUCGGGGGGGUAAAUUGCCAGGAGAUGUUACCUGUGACCCCACCAACGUGUGUCCCGACAACACCACCUGCUGCAAGACAGCGUCAGGAGGCUGGGCCUGCUGCCCCUUGCCUGAGGCUGUUUGCUGUGAGGACCAUGAGCACUGCUGUCCCCAUGGCACCACCUGUGACCUGGCUGGCCUCACCUGUGAUGGUCCCUCAGGGUCGGAGCCCAUAGUGGGGAAGGUGCCAGCUCUCACAACCCUGGCACCUGAUCAUGAAGAGGCAACCACAGACCAGCAAGGGGUGCAGAUGGAUGACAUGGAGCUGCCUACAGAGGAUGACAAAGACGUUCCCUGUGAUGAGUCAACGGCCUGUUUGGAUGGAACCACAUGUUGUAAAACACAGGAAGGAGGAUGGGCAUGCUGUCCUCUGCCACAGGCAGUUUGCUGCAGUGACUUCAUCCACUGCUGCCCACAUGGUAAGAAGUGCAACCUGGCUGCCCAGACGUGUGACGACCCCUCAGGCUCCCCCUCUGAGCCCUGGCUGAAGAAGGUUCCUGCCGUGCCUCGGGGGGGUAAAUUGCCAGGAGAUGUUACCUGUGACCCCACCAACGUGUGUCCCGACAACACCACCUGCUGCAAGACAGCGUCAGGAGGCUGGGCCUGCUGCCCCUUGCCUGAGGCUGUUUGCUGUGAGGACCACGAACACUGUUGCCCCCAUGGCAGCACCUGUGACCUGGCUACCCUCACCUGUGAUGGCCCCUCAGGGCCAGAGCCCAUGGUGGUGAAGGUGCCCACCCUCACAACCCAGGCACCUGAUCAUGAGGAGGCACCCGCAGACCACCAGGGGGUGCAGAUGGAUGACAUGGAGCUGCCUACAGAGGAUGAUGACAGUGAGGAAGACGAGGAGUUGCACAGGACACAGUGUGACGCCCACACCAGCUGCCCAAAGGCCGCCACCUGCUGCUUUAUGAAGUCCACCCAGAAAUGGGGCUGCUGCCCACUGCCACAGGCAGUGUGCUGUGCUGAUGGAGAGCACUGUUGUCCCAAAGACUACAUAUGUGAUAUGAGCAAGACUUCCUGCUCUAAGGGUGGGGUGGUGAUCCCAUGGUACAACAAGCUGGCAGCUGAGCCAGAUAACAGUGCCCUCACUGCCCCCCUCUCUUUGAGGUGUGACACCCAGAACAGAUGCCCUGAAGGCUCCAGCUGCUGCCAACUUUCCACAGGACAGUGGGGCUGCUGCCCCCUGCGCAAGGCUGUGUGCUGUGCAGAUGAGGAGCACUGCUGUCCACAGGGCUACAGCUGUAACAUGGGCUCAGGGACUUGCCAAAAGCUAAUGUUUCUUCAGUUCCAGACGGUACCCCUAACUCGGGUGUCUGCGCCUGAGCCCCCGACCCCACAGGAGAAGGAAAUCUACUGUGGGGGGCCGUUUGUCUGCAAUAAUGAGGAGACUUGCUGCAAGGUCUCCGCCACUACAUGGGCCUGCUGUCCCGUUCCAAAUGCGGUGUGCUGCAGUGACAUGAAGCACUGCUGCACUACAGGCUACACCUGUGGUGAGGGAGGGUCCUGCACCCAGUCCACUGGCUUCAAAUGGGACCACUGGCAGGUGUUCUUCUCCAACAAGAAGAGAGCCCUGCGUGUGUGACAACAUUGGGCUAGACCCAUCACUCCAACCGUUGGAGUGAUAGGCCCACACUCCACCACCAGACGCAUUGCACUAAUGAAGGGACGCAGGAACUUAAUAAUAUCACUGUUACAGUGUAUCAAAUUGUGUUUUUUUAUAGAGAAAAUAGUGUGAAAAUAGUGUGUGUUACAUAUAUAUAUAUAUAUAUAACACACACUAACACACACUAUACCUACCAAUGGUGCAAAAUAUUACUUAUUUUCCCUUUCAUAUAAAAAUAUAUAUAACACACACUAACACACACUAUACCUACCAAUGGUGCAAAAUAUUACUUAUUUUCCCUUUCAUAUAAAAAUAUAUAUAACACACACUAACACACACUAUACCUACCAAUGGUGCAAAAUAUUACUUAUUUUCCCUUUCAUAUAUAUAUAUAUAUAUAUGAAAGGGAAAUGAAAAUAAGUAAUAUUUUGCACCAUUGGUAGGUGCUUGGAAUGUUACUACGUUUACUUCAAGAGAUACCCAUGCUUGCUCAUGAACAGAAACUAUCAAGGAUCUGAAAUUACUCAAAAUGAGAUACCAAUGUUGAACAAUCUUUUAGGGUUGUGGCUCAGGGAAGGAUUGGAAUGUGAUAAAAACUAGUUGUAAGCUACUAUCAAGAUUGACACAGAGGAGCAAAAAAUGUCAAGAACUUAGUACUGUUUUACAAUGUUUGAUGUUACCUUUUAAACAGGAAGAGUGUUGUUUUUUAGUUGAUCAUGUGAAGUGCAUUGUGCCUCAUAGUUUCAGGUAUACCUUUGAAAUGCCUUUUACAAUAGUCUGCCAUGUGUAGGCCGUCAUUGUAAAUAAGAAUUUGUUCUUAACUGACUUGCCUAGUUAAAUAAAAUAAAUAUGCCACCCUGUGGCUGAACUGAUACUGUCUACUUGGGACAACUUGAAACAUAUAUGUUUUACCUUUUAUUUAACUAGGAAAGUCAGUUUAAAAAAAUCUUAUUUUCAAUGAAGGCCUAGGAACAGUGGGUUUACUGCCUUGUUCAGGGGCAGAACGAAAGAUUGUUACCAUGUCAACUCGGGGAUUCUAUCUGGCAACCUUUCGGUUACUAGUCCAACGCUCUAGCCACUAGGCUACCUGCCGCCCCAUAUGCCCUCCGUCUUGUUACUACCACGUUUUAAGUAAGGGAUGGAUUAUCCCACUUCCUUGUGUUUUAGACGUUAUGCCAUUUUAAAUAGUCCGUAAUGAUUCUGGCUGUUGCUACCAAAGGGAAUUAAUUUGCUGUAAAAUGUGAAUUAAAAAAAUAAGUUGUACACUA